UUCGAAUCAGUUUUCGUGGAAAAUUCAAGCAUAACAGUUCGAUGUGAAAAUUGCUUUCUCUCGAUUUUUCUGAUAGUUUUUUUGUGUGUCUUCGUUUCUGAGUUUAUUUUCAGAGAUAAAAGUACUUUUCCUUUAACCUUUUGCGCGGAAAAAUCCGUAAAUCUGUCUGAUUGUUAUUAGCUGCCAUAGUGAAGUGAAAUAAGAGUCGAGCAGGGAAAUUUAGAUAGCAAGAAACAGCAAUGGCUGAUGAAUAUUCAUCAAAGCCACAAUAUCCUCAAUAUAAAACAAGAAGUGCUUCAAUAUCAGCACCACCAAGUUCAAGUUUAGAAGCUAUAAUAAUCGCUUCGGAAAUUGAGGCGCCAGAAGUCAGCACGCCAAAUAAUCGACGACGUAGACCAGCUGCAAGAUCGCAAAGUGCGAGAAUCACUGGUGCGAAAUCGGUGCGAAAAAAAGUUCCUCAGCCGCCAACAUUUCAUGACAAUAAACCCCAAUAUACAAGUGAACCAUAUUUAUCUGAUGAAGCCGAAGUCGCUCUUCCUCAGCCCAUUCGAAGAGGGUCACAAAGAAGAACAACACAAAGUAAUUCAUCUUCGUACGCGCCUGCACGACGAAAGUCAACAGCGACGAGCGCGUUUUUAGACGUUCCCGGUGCUAACUUUUACAACACACAACAUAACGACGACACUGUAACGUUAAGAACAUUUAGUGCAUCAAACAAAGACUCCCCUGGUGAUGAGAACAUUUCUAUUAUUUUAAAUGGCAUCGAAUCGGAGCUGAGGUUUAUCACAGACAAUUCAGGAGAUAAGGAUCAGAUUGACGGUUGUGAUGCAUUUCUAGUCAUUUAUUCAGUAGUCGAUAAAGCUUCCUUUACUCGUGCUGAAUACUUUUUAAGCUUACUUCAAGACAUGGAUCUGCUUCGUUCUCGAUGCUGCAUCUUAGUCGGAAAUAAGAUUGAUUUAGCGAGAUCACGCGCAAUUUCUAGUCAAGAUGGAAAAUGUUUGGCUUGUACAUAUCGUGCGAAGUUUGUCGAGGUAUCUGUGGGGAUCAAUCAUAAUGUUGACGAGCUUCUUGCUGGUACUUUAACACAGAUUCAAUUAAAAAAGGAGCAUUGUGAGCUUCAGGGUCCAAAGGAAAGCUCACACAGCUGGUACAAGAGUAGAAAUGUUGUACGUGCCAGCAUGAAAGCCCGACAAAUGAUAACGUGGAUAUUCGGAAAAGAAGAUUCAAAAUUUAAAAAUUGCGAGAAUCUUCAGGUUCUUUAAGUUCAAUAUAAAAAAAGAAGAUUAAAAACAAAUAAAAGAAGUAAAUAAAUAAAUAAAUAAAAAAGCCCCGUAAAAGCAAUAUUUCCAAAUGCUAAGAAAUUUAAGGUUCAAGGAUUACAUUAUUAAAAGGAGAAAUAAAUAAAAAAGAAAAGUAAAGAAUUUAUUUGUUCGUUCAACAGAUAUCUAAGAGAGUUUCGUAUUUCAAAUUACAAUUAAAUUAAAAUACAUGUAAAUUACGAGGAAAAAAGAAAGAAUUGAAAUGUUUUUGUGCUUCCUUACUUUUUACUUAUCUAUUUAAAAGAUAUCUGAUAAAUUAAAAAGAGAAAUAAAAAAAUUCGAUUGUGCAAACAACACCAUGGGUUGUAUUCUCUCUAGAUAGCUCAUUGAAUAUGCUAAUUUAUAAAAUCUUCUAUUCUUCCGAUUUAAGUGGUAUCGAUUAUCCUAAGCAAAAGAAAAAAAAGUGGAAUCAAAUUCCAAAGAAAAAGGAAAAAUUUGUGAAAUAUUUUGAUGAUGUUGAAAGAGAAAAAUUACUUGUACUUGUUGUGUAUUUACGUAGGAGAUUUAUGACAUCACUUUCUUCUUAAGUGAGUGUUUGCUUACUUUCUUUCCCUCUUUAGAGAAUUGCUCGAAGUCAUUUUAUUUCGUUUGUUUUUAUAUAGACUGUCAUAUCAAAGCUCUUAACUGUCUUCAUUUGAUAUAUUUCACCUCAAAAUCAUGUCAAGAGAGACUCAGCUAUUUGUCUACUGAAUAAAUUCUUUAAGCACUGUCUCAAGCAACAGGUGAAUGUUUCAAUAACCUUCUCAUAUCAAAUUAAGGCCACAAAUUCUAAAUACUAAAACUAUCUAUUUACUCAUUUUUAUUGCUAAACAAAUACCACACUUCGAUGAAAUGAUAAACAAAAAAAAAUUAAUUUACAUUUCCCCUCGCCCACUUGUUUAAAUAACCUAAAGUGCCUCCUUUAUUUUUUAUAAGUCUUUAUAGAUGAACAAGAACAUUAAAAAGAGAAAAACCGAAAAAAUACUAUUAAAAAAUAUCUACAUAAGAAAAGAAAUUAUCGGUCUCAAAUAAAUGUUUAGUGGGAUAAAAUGGAAUCAAUGUAAACAAAACGUAAAUUGAAAUUGAAUUCAAAUUGAAAAACAAAGGAUGAGUGUUAAGGAAAUGUUCGUGAAUGAUUUUCUCUUUGUUGUUAUGUAGUUCCAAAGUUCAUUAGAAUUAAAAGAAAAAAGAAAAAUUGAAAAUUGUUGAAGAGCUUUAAAUGUUUCCAUUACUGCUUUGUGGAAUUAUUCGAUGAAACUUCUGAAACAAUUUAAAUUUUUGACAUUUCAUCAACUUCGCUUAGAUUCGCUGAAAAUUAAAAGAAAAAAAAUGUUCAAAUAUCUACUAAAAGUUUUGAGAUUAAUUUCUUUCGUUUUAUUUCACGAUCUGCCUUGUUUCUAUACAUUUUUCUUUUGUCUUCUUUAAAAAUGAGAGAAAUUGAAAAGAAAAGCUUGCAAUUCGUAUUUUUGCUUGGACAAAGCUUCUUAGAUACUUGAAGACUUCUUCAUCAUCGUAUCAAUUCAUGAAUGUAAUUUACAAUCUAUAUCAAAAGUUACAAUGAAAUUAAAAUCUAGACAGCAAUUUUAUUUCUUUCAUUCAUUCAUUCAUUCGUGAAAUCGUAUAAUUGUAAUACUUUAUAAUCCUUAAGAAAGAAAGUAGUCUUAGACACAGUUAAAAACAUCUAUGAAUAAGCGGUUUAUAAAAAAACAAUGAUGAUAAGUAAAAGAAUGUAAACUUUAAGGAGAAAAAGAAGUUCAAAUUGAAGAUUUUAGGAGCUAUUCAUGAAUGACGUCAGAAUGAUGUUGAGAAAAAUGGGAUCAAAUAAAGUGGAAAUGAAAUUUCUAAUCUAUAAAAAUUUAAAUGCUUCUGGCGUCAUUUUACGACAACUCCCGGUUAUUCCUUCCUCAUGAUUGCACAAAAAUAAAUUGCCACUUGAAUAUCUGUAAUAAUAAUCAUUUUCCUCUCUUAUGACGAAUUAUAGAAAAUUUAUUUCUAGGGAAAAGAAAAUUGUAAAGAGAAAAACAAUAAAAUUGUGGAAAAUAUAAAAUAAAAGGUGGAAGAAUUUUCAGAAAUUCAUUUGAAAAAUAAAUGAAAUGACGAAUGCCAUAAAUGCUUUUGAGAUUCUUCGUCUAUUCCCCGGUAUUUAUCGCAUUUUUAAAAAAAUAUUUCAAAUCUUGUCUUUUGCUCUUAGAUAAUUCUUUUUUUGUCAGUUUUAAAAUUCAUUACUUAAUUCAUAAAUGAUGAUUGGAAAAUGUUUUCUUCUUUUAAUGCUUCCUAAGUUUCUUGUGAAGCUUUAAUUUAUAGAUUUGAUUGAACUUCAUCUGACAUUGAUGACACUCGUAUCGAUGUGUUGAAUGACGCCAAAGCAUGUGCAACAACAAUGACGUUUUAUUGAAGAUUGUAUUUGCGUAGGAUGAACGAUUACGACAAACAGAGCAAUAUUUUCUGCGAGUAACCAAACGAACCAUGUGCUUAUCACGAAGGUCAGAAAUGACGCACCUUGUCGCUCCUUCAUGUUUCCCCGAUGCAGACCUCUUAUUGUUAAUAUCAUCUUCCAAAAUGUAUUCAAUCUUUUUUGGUUUCAGCUGCUUCCGAUUCUUUCUGAUCUCGCAUUGAUCACGAUCAUGAUUCUUUGGCUCCAUAAUGACAGUAAUUUCAUUAUUGUUGGUAAGAAAUGCUGGCAAUGAAAACUUCUCAUCUCCAUUUCUAUCAUCGUUAGCCGAUUGUUGAACUUUCAUUCGUUUAUCGCCCUCAAUUGAUGAAAUUAAAUACAUUGAGUUGUUGUACAUUGUUUCGAAGAUUUCAUUAAUUUCUUGAACAAUUUUCAAUCGUUCACUAUCCGACAUGACACUUUCAUUCAAGUUUUUCAAAAAUAUCAUAUGUUGUUGCUUUAAGAACGUCAAUUGCUUUGUCAGAAGCUCAUUCACAUUCUCCUUAUCAUUAAAUGGUGACAUUUUGCGACGUCUUUUGAAACUAUCGAACGGAAGUCCAACAGUUUUCAUUGUGACCGCGGGAGGCGAAUGGUCAAUUGGUGACGUCGCUUUAAAUUUCUUUUUCUGCUGCUGCUGAUUUUCUUGCUGCUGUUCAUGUUGUUCUUGUUGUAUUCCAAUUGCUCCAUUUGUAUCUAUUCCAUCACGAUAUAAGUUGUUGAACGCGAUGUGAUUGCCUUUGAUGUUCAGAAUUCGGAUUUGCUCACCCCCCGCACUACGAAAAUCCUGAGCAACAGAGGCUGUAUUGCGACUAAGCGCUUGCAUUUGAAGUUACUGUGCAUCAAGUUGAUGUUGAGUGAGUUGAGCUUGAUCAUCAGCAAAAAAGUUACAUUUAUUGCACGCCUUUUUGUUAUGAACUUUAAAGAUGUGUGUCGUAAGUCUUUCAGAUCUUGCCGCUUUGUAAUCGCAAAGAAGACAUACAAAAGGCUUUGUAUGUGUGUUUAAAUGUCUUUUGAGUCCCCAAUUAUCAGCGCCACUCCAUGGACAAUAACAACACAUGAAACGUUUCUCGCCUUUUAUCUUAUUUGAUUUUCCCUGUGCCGAUGUCUUCUCAUUCUUUAUCGUGAUGGUUGAAUUUUGAUGUGUUGUUGCUGAGACAUUUGAUUGUCCACCACCACUUGUCGCGCCACUAUUCUGAACUACAUGCUCAAUAAUUGCUGUGCUAUGUUGAUGUGAAUUUCCACUCGUGUUUGUUUGAUUUUGAGAGAAAGUCGGGAUGUUGAUUGUGGUACCAACAAGCAAUUGCUGCGACUCUGUCGACUGUUGUUGCUGCUGUUGUUGCUG